CACUACUCCCCAACCGACUAGUCAUUCUAGUUCUGUACUACUUGGGCUUUUACAGAAACAACAGAACAGAUCAAACAGAAGACAAUUUUAGUGAAUAUAUUCUUCAUCAUCCUUCUUCUUUCUUCCAGCUUUUGCUAGACCAUUUCUCUUCAAUUAUUUAUAUAUUUUUCUCCUGAAAAACUUAUUUUUAAGAAAUAUUAAAAAUAAAAAUUAUUAGCAUUUAAAAGAGAAUAAAACACAAAAAAAGAAUACAAUACCCACUCCACACAACUUCCUUCCUCUUUCCUUGACAACCUCCUCCAAACUCUAUCUAUUUAUCUCGAAUCCGGAUUCUUCCAGUUUCACAUUGUUCUGAAUUCUGAAUAGCUAUUUCUCUCUGAAACCUGUCUGAUCACUGAAUCCCAUUCCAAUUUCUCAAUCCCACCAUGGAAGAAGCUAAAGUUGUCGAAGCUAAGGAUGGAACUAUAUCUGUUGCCACUGCAUUUUCUGGUUACCAAGAAGCUAUACAAGACAAGGACCAUGAAUUCGUAACAAAAGCAGUUGAAGAAGCAUACAAAGGAGUGGAUAAUGGAGAUGGAGGCCCUUUCGGUGCAGUUGUUGUUCGCAAUAAUGAAGUAGUUGUGAGCUGUCACAACAUGGUUUUGAAGCAUACUGAUCCUACUGCCCAUGCUGAGGUGACGGCAAUAAGAGAGGCAUGCAAGAAGCUCAACCAAAUCGAGCUAUCUGACUGUGAAAUAUAUACAUCUUGCGAGCCUUGUCCAAUGUGUUUUGGUGCAAUCCACCUUUCACGUAUCAAGAGGUUGGUAUAUGGAGCCAAAGCGGAAGCAGCCAUAGCAAUUGGAUUUGACGACUUCAUCGCAGAUGCCCUGAGGGGUACUGGCUUCUAUCAAAAGGCUAGCAUGGAGAUCAAGAUGGCUGAUGGGAAUGGUGCCAUCGCUGCAGAACAGGUCUUUGAGAAAACAAAAGCUAAGUUCCAAAUGUACUGAUCGUCACUACAUUUAUCAUCUGAAUUCCCGUCAUUUCUGCACAAUCUGCAAAGGAAAGCACCUCACCAGGAAUUCACUAAUCUGCUUUCAACAACUUACCAAGGAAAAAGGAAAAAUCUGUGAAUACAUUUCUGAAAAUAAAAUUAUUUCCCAGAAAAGACAUCUAAAACUAUUAUUGGUUUCAUUUUACAUGCGGUUUCUAUUAGUCAGCAAAGAUACAAAACUGAUCAUCACUUUGUAAAGGGAAGUUGAAUUAGGUGGAUGUAAUUUCAAGAUUUCCAACUUGGAACCGAAAUUGUCUCUA